AUGUCUCUUUGGAUGCUUGACUUGAUUACGCUUCUCCCCAAUAAAUGGCAGAACUGGAUACUGCCGCCAUCGAUCAUUCCAACUGUGCAGAAUGGCCCGUACAAGGUUCAGCUGAGCCGCAUCGCGCAUGUCUACUUUGAGCACUAUGAUCUGGAAGCGUUCGACAGAUUUGCCAAAGAUUUCGGCUUCAUGGAGGCAGAGCGAAAGGGGAAGACCAUCUACUACCGCGGAUAUGGCAGAGACCCCUACGUCUAUGUGGCUUCUCAGAGCUCCACACGGAGAUCACGGUUCAUUGGGGCUGCCUUUAUCGCAAAAGACGAGGAAAAUUUCAAUAAGGCCGCACAGGUACCGGGAGUUGAACGCCAAACAUUAGACGACGCUCCCGGUGGCGGCGAGAUGAUCACGUUUGCGCGCCCCAAUGGGACCUACUUUUAUGUGGUAUACGGCCAGACCGAGCGCGAGCUGAACGAGAAGCAUUUACCCACGGCGACACACGACUCUCAGGGUCCAUUCAAUACGCCCUUUGAAAAGCCCCGGAAAGGGCAGUUCCAGAGAUACCAUGAUGGUCCUGCUCUGGUGCACAAGCUUGGCCACUACGGAUACGUGUGCAAGGAGUUCGAAACAGAGUUGGAGUUCUACACCGGCAACUUCAAUUUCGUCCAUUCCGACAUCCUAAAUCUUCCGCAGUUUCCUCAGAUGGACGUCAUGACGUUCAUGCAUCUUGAUUUAGGCGAGGAGUAUACGGAUCAUCAUACGCUCUUCCUGCAGCGCGCUUCGCCGACGGUUCGCGAAACAUACGUUCACCACACUUCGUUCGAGGUGGCCGAUUUUGAUACACAGUUGAUGGGACAUCACUACCUUGCUAAGAAGGGAUGGAAAAGCGUCUGGGGAGUGGGAAGGCACAUCCUAGGGAGCCAGAUUUUUGAUUACUGGUACGACAGCUCCCAGUUCAAAAUUGAACAUUAUGCCGAUGGGGAUGUGGUGAAUCGGAAUAAUCCGACACGCAGAGAACCGGUUGGGCCGUUGUCUGUGUGGGGUCCUGACUUACCUAAGGACUUCGGAGACAACAAAGCGAACUGA